AUGGCGCAGAACCACUACAUUGGCGUAGAUGUUGGGACAGGCUCUGCCCGGGCAUGUAUCAUCGACGCGACGGGCGAGAUCAAAGCCCAGGCGGCCAAAGUCAUUCAGCUCUGGAAACCGACUGAACAAUCAACGACAGAUAUUUGGAAUAGCAUAUCUAUUUGCGUGAAGAAGGUGGUCUCCGAGUCCAAGGUCGACCCAGGUACCAUUCAGGGUAUCGGCUUCGAUGCGACAUGCUCUCUGGCCGUCUUCGACCACAACACGGACCACCCGGUUCCGGUCACGGGCCCAGACUUCAAAAACGAUGGUAACGACCGGAACGUCAUCCUGUGGCUCGACCACCGGCCCCUUGCCGAGACAGAGAAGAUAAACGAGACAAACCACAAACUUCUCCGCUACGUCGGGGGCAAAAUGAAUGUCGAAAUGGAAAUCCCAAAGGUGCUGUGGCUGAAGAACCACAUGCCUACCGAACAGUUCGAUCGGUGCAAGUUCUAUGAUCUAGCUGAUGCCUUGACGCACAUGGCGACCGGCCACGAGACGCGAAGCUUUUGCAGCGCCGUCUGCAAACAGGGCUUUGUUCCAGUGGGAGUCGACGGCAGCGUUAAGGGUUGGCAAGAAGACUUUUACCAGAGCAUCGGCCUUGGCGAUCUGGUCAAGGAUGAAUACAAGAGAAUCGGAGGAGUGAACGGGGUGAGUGGUUCGUUCCUUAGCGCCGGGGAGCGGGUCGGGGGCCUGUCCGAGACGGCAGCACAUGACCUCGGGCUCCCGGCGGGCAUCGCCAUCGGCAGCGGUGUCAUCGAUGCAUACGCGGGUUGGAUCGGGACGGUUGGGGCCAAAGUCAAGUUGAGCCAGGACCACCUAGACCAGACGGUUGCGCCAAACGACGUUUCGCAGGCUUUCACCCGGCUUGCUGCUGUUGCUGGAACCUCGACCUGCCAUCUAGCCAUGUCCAAAGACGCGAUUUUCGUGCCAGGGGUCUGGGGCCCUUACCGGGAUGUUCUGAUCCCAGGCUACUGGAUGGCCGAGGGAGGCCAGUCGGCAACCGGCGAGCUCCUGCACCACAUGCUGGAGACACAUCCCGCAUAUAAGGACACGGUUAAGGAGGCUCAGGAUGCGUGGCAGAACAUCUUUGACUUCUUGAAUGACCAUCUUCGACUGCUCGCUAUCUCGAGGAAGGCGCCCGGCAUAUCGUUCCUCGGCCGGCAUUUCUUCUUUUACGGCGAUCUCUGGGGCAACAGAUCGCCGAUCGCCGACCCCAGCAUGCGCGGUGCGGUUAUUGGCCUGAAUGACGACAAGAGCAAGGACGGCAUGGCGCUCCUAUACUAUUCGACAAUGGAGUUUAUUGCUUUGCAGACGAGGCAAAUUGUCGAAACGAUGAACGGAGCCGGGCACUCCAUUUCGAGCAUCUUCAUGUCGGGGAGCCAAUGCAAGAACGAAAUCCUCAUGGAGCUCAUUGCCACAGCUUGCGGCAUGCCCGUCGUGAUCCCGCGCUACGUCGACGCGGCAGUGGUGCACGGCGCAGCGAUGCUCGGCGUCAAGGCCGCGAGUUCCGGGGAGGAUGGAACGACGGAGCCGCUGUGGGAUAUCAUGGACCGCAUGAGCAAGCCGGGCAAGAUCGUCUGGUCUCGGGGCGACGCUGUUGAGAAGAGGCUUCUGGAUGCCAAAUACGGGGUGUUCCUUGAACAGUGCCGAACGCAGCAGGAGUACAGGAAAAAGGUUGACGACGCGCUCAAGGAUCUUUCUCUGGAUGUUCCUCCGGAUGCUUUGUAG